CCGCCGCGAUCCCAAGCAGCAGCCGCCGCCCGCCGCCGCCAUGGAGGGCUUCCCUGGCGGCACCCCCGAUGCGCAGCAGCUCCAUGCCACCAUGCUCGCCAUCGAGCAGGCCUGCUCCCUCAUCCAGGUGCACAUGAAUCCGUCCGAAGCGGAAAAAGUUCUAUGUUCGCUCCAUUCAUCUCUCAUGCCUUAUCAAGCUUGCAGGUUUAUUCUUGAGACAUCCCUAAUGCCAAAUGCGCGAUUCCAAGCUGCUGGAGCAAUUGGUGAUGCUGCUAUAAGGGAGUGGGGAAUUCUAACAGACGAGAACAAAAGAAGCCUAAUACUAUAUUGCCUGAACUACGUGAUGGAGCAUGCAGGUUCCCCUGAUGGCUAUGUGCAAUCAAAAGUUUCUGCCGUGUCAGCUAGAUUACUAAAAAGAGGCUGGCUUGAGUUUCCGGACCAAGAAAAAGGCGCUAUCUUCUUUGAGGUUGAGCAGUCCAUCCGGGGCAUGCAUGGGCCUAAUCGACAGUUUGCUGGGAUCAAUUUCUUAGAAACCUUGGUUUCAGAGUUUUCCCCUUCAACUGCUUCUUCUAUGGGCCUGCCUAAGGAGUUCCAUGAACAAUGCCAAUGGUCACUUGAAGUGAAGUUUCUGAAGGACUUCUAUGUCUGGGCACAAGCUGCUGUAUUCAAUACCGCAGACAAAAUCUUGAAUUCAAAUGUAACUAUACCUGAGGAGAAAGCAUGUUCAGCGGCAUUGCGCCUAAUGCUUCAAAUAUUGAGCUGGAGCUUCAAGCCAACUUUGGAACAUGAGAAUUCAGAUGCUAAGAUAAAGUCUGGUUUGAGGAGCGAUGCAAUAAAUCUGAAGAAAUUUGAACGUUCAUUGGUCAAGCCAGGGUCUUCGUGGACUGAUGUUCUAAUAUCAAGUGCACAUACUACCUGGGUUUUGAACUUCUACACUACCCUGCGCCAGAAGUACUCUUAUGAUACACUAUGGGGUGAUUCUCCUAUUGCUGUUUCUUGCAGACAGCUCAUAGUGCAAUUAUGUUCCUUGGCAGGCACUGUUUUUCCUAAUGAUAAUGGUGAUGCACAGAUUGAACACUUUAUGCACAUACUAUCUGCUGUUAUCCUGUGGAUUGAACCUCCAAAUGUCAUUGCGGAAUCAAUUAGAAAUGGCGGAAGUGAAAGUGAGUUCAUAGAUGGUUGCCAUGCCCUGCUUUCAGUGGCAUCUUUGACUAACAGCUCACUUUUUGACAACCUCCUGAAAUCGAUAAGGCAAUAUGGCACAAUUAACCUGCUUUCUGCUUUGACAUCCGAAGCUGUCAAGUCUGUUCUGGAUAACCAGAAUGAAGAAGAAACCUGGGGUUCAGAUGCUCUAGAUAUAUUGUUAGAAACAUGGAAUGUUAUUCUGGGGGAAGCUGAUGCUGAUAAAAGUCCUAUGUCAGCUGAUGGAGCACUCGCAGCUUCAAAUUUGUUUAAGAUCAUUGCCGAGUCACAUUUGAAGGCUGCUGCUGAUUCUGCAUUUGAAGAUAAUGAUGAUGCUGAAUACUUUCAUGUUUCUGUUUCAAAGCGUGAUGAGCAGUUGGCCUUGUAUGCUCUGAUUGCACGUGCAGCUGCUGACACCACCAUACCCUUUCUUGAGCAAUUAUUUUCUGAGCGGUUUGCACGGCUAAGUCAGCAGACAGAUGUCCAGAAUGACCCCACACGAACAUUGGAGGAGCUGUAUUGGCUGCUGCUGAUUACCAGUCAUGUCCUAACUGAUUCAGGCGAAGGAGAAACACUGCUUAUUCCUGAAGCUUUACAGGCUGGAUUCCCCAAUGUAGUUGAAGUAGCACAGCAUCCUGUAGUUACAUUGUCAUGGUCUAUAAUAAACUUUUCAAGACAAUGUCUGGACUCAGGAAUUAGAGGAAGGUACUUCAGUCCCCGGCUGAUGGAGGCGGUGAUUUGGUUCUUGGCCAGAUGGGUUGCAACCUAUUUAGUACCGCUUGACGUUAGUAGAGAAAUCGAUAGUAUGGGUAAACAUGGAUCCCAACAUUCUAGAAAACUGCUAAACAGUUUUGCAUGGGAGAAUAACCAAGGAGAGCUUGUUCUUGAUUUUGUUGUUCUCAUUUCAAUGGUAGCACUUACUACAUAUCAGGGCGAAAUUGAGCUGCAGACACUCACAUGCCAAAAGCUACUUGCCACAGUUGUUCGACGGAAACACACAUGUGCUUAUGUUGUGCAGUUGGAUUCAUGGCGUGAUCUUACAACAGCUUUUGCGAGUGGGCGUUCUUUAUUUUCAUUGAGUGGACGUUUACAGAGAUCUCUAGCAGAAACACUUGCAUGUGCAGCUUCCUGCAUCAAGGAUCCUGAGGCAUCUGUGCAGUAUUUGAGAGACCUCAUGGGACCAGUCGCAGGAUGCCUAGUAGAAAAUGCUAGCAGGAGUGAUCUCAAAUCUGUUGCACAUCAACCAGAUGUUAUCUACAUGGUCUGCUGCCUAUUGGAAAGGCUAAGAGGAGCUGCUAGAGCUACUCAGCCUCGCACUCAAAAGGUUCUGUUUGAGAUGGGUCAUACCGUGAUGAACUCACUCUUGACUCUUCUGGAAGUGUACAAAAAUCAGCCUGAAGUCAUAUACAUGAUACUCAAGUUCGUGGUUGACUUCAUUGAUGGUCAAGCUGUAUUCCUGGAUGGUAAGGAGACAUCAGUCUUGAUGAGCUUUUGCUUACGACUGCUCCAGAUAUACUCCUCGCAUAAUAUUGGAAAGGUAAUGCUCUCUCUGUCUUCAACUCUGCGCAGUGAGUCACAAUCUGAAAAAUACAAGGAUCUGCGUGCUUUGCUUCGGCUUUUAACAAAUAUAUGCUCCAAGGAUUUGGUGGGUUUCCUAUCUGAUAGCAACAUUGAGGGCUCCCCAGAUAUUGCAGAGGUCAUCUAUGUUGGUCUUGAUAUUGUGACUCCCUUGAUAUCUUUGGACCUUCUUAAGUACCCUAAACUCAGUCGUGAUUAUUUUAUACUGAUGUCACACUUGUUGGAAGUGUACCCUGAGAAGGUUGCUCACUUAAACAGGGAUGCUUUUGGAAGAAUUAUUGGAAGUCUUGAAUUUGGCCUGCGCAAUCAGGAUAGCGAUGUUGUUGAGAGGUGCCUGGCAGCAGUAAAUGCUCUUGCUUCAUACCAUUUCAAAGAAAGAAUUGGAGGGAGAGGAGGACUUAGUUCACAGCUUAUGGAAUCUGAAGGAUCGAAUGGCAAGCUACAGGAAAGCAUAUCAAGCCACUUCUUGAGGCUUCUCCUGCAAUUACUUCUGUUUGAAGAUUUUAGAAUGGAAUUAGCAGGGUCUGCUGCAGAUGCUUUGCUUCCUUUGCUUUUCUGUGAACAGGAGCUAUAUCAGAGACUGGUCCAUGAGUUGCUUGAGAAACAGCAGAAUCCGACUGUGAAAUCAAGGCUGGCAGUUGCUUUCCAUAAUCUUACAAGCUCUAACAAUCUCUCAAGCACGCUUGACCGUCCAAAUCGGCAGAAAUUCAGGAAAAACCUCCGUACAUUCUUAGGCGAGGUCUCAAGCUUCAUGCAGAUAAAGUAAUCGUGACGAUAGGAAAACAGUGAUGUCUGGUCGAUACAUGGAAGAUCUUUCGCCAUUGUGGCAGGAGUGCAUGUGUGUAUAUUGCGGCUGAACAUAGUGGCAGGAGUGCUGGCACGAGGUAGAGAAACACAGUCUCCAUCAUUUGUUGAAGGGAUAGUUGAAACAGAAAUGACUGGAACAUGUUGAAAUGUUCCAGGAUCAGCGUCCGUGGCUGCAUUCGGUGGUGAAGAAUUGGAUGGCCGCACAUGAGAUUCGUUGUGUAAAUUUUGUUGGGAGUCGAUGUCAUGUAGAAAAGGUGGGCAUUUUGUUGCAUCCUGUACUUUUGCUCAGCUUUCGCAUUUCCCCCACAUAGGAAUACAACGUUGGAGGAAACGAUUCUGCACCAGCUGGUGUAUGUCCGUAACUUGUGCCCGUCCCCUUCAAACUAUAUCCAGCUCCCUAGUGUCAGAAGAUUAAAAUGUUAGGCCUGCCUUUACAAUGCUCA